CUAACAGAUCUUAGUGGUCAAGAGAAAAUGAUAUUUGAUACAAAACCAAUAAAAAUAUAGAGAGUAGAGAGUCCAACCAAACACAGUCAGAGAUUAGAAAAUCAAGUGUUUUAGUAAGAAUAUAUAUAGGAUUAUGGGAGAAGAAACGAAGCUUUAUGGUGUUAGGGCAAGCACUUUUAGUAACAGAAUAAACAUUGCUUUGAAACUCAAAGGUGUUGAAUACAAAUACUAUGAAGAAGAUCUGAAGAACAAGAGUGCUUCACUCCUCAGAUACAACCCAAUUCACAAAAAAGUCCCUACCUUUGUUCACAAUAAAAAGUCCUUAGCAGAGUCACUUGUCAUUCUUGAAUACAUUGAUGAGACAUGGAAGACUCACCCCAUCUUGCCUCAACAUCCAUACCAAAGAGCUCAAGCCCGUUUUUGGGCUCGUUUCAUUGAUGAUAAGAUCGUUCCAACUGUAUGGAAAGCAUUAUGGGUAAAAGAAAAUCAGAAAGAAACAUUAAAUGAAGCAAGUGAGAAUCUAGAGUUUCUAGAGAAAGAGCUGAAAGGCAAAUACUUUGGAGGAGAAAGCACUGGAAUGGUGGACAUAGCAGCAAAUUUCGUAGCCCAAUGGAUUCCAGCUGUACAAGAGCUUGUGGGAAUAGAGGUGUUGAUAGAGACAAAGUUUCCUAAGCUCUGUAAAUGGAGCCAUGAUUUUGCUGCUCAUCCUGUGGUCAAGGAUGUAUUACCCUCUAAAGAAGAACUCAAUGCACACUUCAGGCCUCGUUUGAAUAUCACCCAUUGAAAAAUGAUUCAGAAUUUGUAAUUAAUAUGGAUAAAGUUUGUGAGCAUCAAAUGGUUGAUAUUUACGAUUUAUCUAUUUUAGUUAUGUCCAUAGAAUAUAGCUAGAGUAUAGGGCGCUGGUAAGCACUUGAGCCACACUCAAGUGGCCAUAAGAGAUAAGAGAGUCUGUAUAUGUUAGAGGUCCUGAGUUUGAGUCUAUAUUGUAAUAUUUUUUUUUUUUAGAAAACUUGUACUUCAUUAGAAUAAAUAGUGAGAGUACAGAGCAAUCAAGUUAUAUAGAAGGUAAUUAUUUCAAA